UUGCUUCUUGUUGGUUAGGACUUUGUACAAGUACAGAGAUGGUGCUGACUAAGCGCCGGAAAAGACUUUUAUUGCUAAAAAUGAAAGUUCUUAUCAUCCAAAAACGCCUGGAAGAAGAACGCCGGCGCAGAUGGUGGGUCCGACCCUCGUGGAGAACGCGCCACGCCGAGAGCGAGUUUUUCACCACGAUGGAAAAAAUGCGUGAUGGUGACAUCGAGUACUUCAAGAAGUACUAUCGCAUGGUCCCCCAGCAGUUUGAUUUUAUAUUGAGCCUUGUCGGAAGAGACCUGGAUAGGCAAUAUUGCAUCAGAGAGCCAAUUUCUUCUGCAGAACGACUGGCCAUGACGCUCAGGUAUCUGUCUUCUGGAGACCUCAUGCAGGAUAUUGCGCUCUCCUUCCGGGUGGGCAUAUCCACUGCACGCCUGGCUGUCAGAGUCACAUGCAGGGCACUGUGGCACAGGCUUCAGCCAAUAUACAUGCCCAAGCCAGACGUUGCUGCAUGGCUGCGCACUGCGGAAGGAUUCGGCCGCACAUGGCAGUUCCCAAACUGCAUUGGUGCCGUUGAUGGCAAACAUGUCCACAUCAAGCGACCCAAGAACUCCGGCACAAUGUAUUUUAAUUAUAAGGUAAGUUUAGUAUUUUAGCAUACACUUUGGCAGCCUCAUGCUGUUGCUGUUUUAUUGUUUUACUCAGGCAAUCUGUGCGUCUGUAACACUGGCAGUGUAUUGUAAAUAAUGUGCAAAAUAUUACAGUACUGUUUUUAUGUAGCAAGCGACAUCCAUGACUUCAUCUUAACAUUUACACUAGUGCCUCAUUAAUACAGGCAGAGGGUGCUUGAUAAGAUUACAUAUGGAGAAGAAUACAACCUAGCCAUCAUACUGAUAGCUAGGCUUCUUUAAUGGCUGUUGCGGACGCACAUGGCAAACUUCACCGUGAUGCCUCGCAGCUCUGAUGACCCUUUGCCACGGUACUCAGACAAAACAAUCCUGUGUCUGAGCUGAUGUAUCAAGUCUACUGGGUGGGUCCAACACAUGUUAUGAGAAGUUUGCCGGGUAUCUCCAGUAUCUGUCCGACAGCCUGCACGACUGACGCAACCAGUAAUAUAGCGUGGCUGCCCCCAACGUUACUAGACUAGCU